AUGCACGCCUCCAUAACCAUUCUCGUUGCCGCCCUGGCCGGGCUGGGGCUUGCCGCCCCGUGGUCGAAAGCCGAUUUCAGGGCGCCGGUGGCCACUGGCAAUGACUAUUUCUAUGACCAAGGGAACCGCGGCGACACAUGGGGCAACGGCCAAAGGCAAGAAGCCGAGUGGGACAACUACCCAGGCGACAACCAAUGGGACGACGGCGAGAACGACGAAUCCUUCUCCUUCUUGCGGCCGUGUCCGCUGGUGGGCCGUGGAGGCAUAGACUAUUCGGCAAUGCAUAGCGAAUUUCUUUUGAUGAUCAAGAAUCCUUCCGACUGCGCCGGCGAUGCCCUGCAGCUUGGUUGGAGGGGCCGUGAGCAUGGCGAUGAGCUCAUCCGGAAGACAAACUCAUCCGUGUUUGAACAUGAAAUUCCCCACGGCUAG